AAAUUAUUCAAAUACCAACACAAAGCUAAAAGAGCAAGUAUGGCACAACAAGCUCCUACUCCGUUGACAUUUACCGUCCGAAGACAUCCUCCGGAGAUCAUCGUUCCGGCUAAACCAACACCUCGAGAACUCAAGCCUCUCUCCGACAUCGACGAUCAGGGAGGCCUUCGGUUUAAUAUUACGCAGUUUCAUAUUUACCCAGGCAAUCCAAAAAUGGGAUAUAAGAACCCCGCGAGUGUGAUCAGGGACGCGCUAGCUAAGGCGUUGGUGUUUUACUAUCCGUUUGCGGGCCGGCUAAAGGAAGGUCCUGGAAAGAAGCUUACUGUGGAUUGCUCUGGCCAGGGUGUGCUGUUUAUUGAGGCGGAGGCUGAUGUGACGCUGAAGCAGUUUGGGGUGGAGCUCCAGCCGCCGUUCCCAUGUAGCGAAGAGCUUCUUUAUGAUGUUCCUGGCUCUUAUGGCAUUGUCGAUUCACCAUUGUUGCUGAUCCAGGUGACACGACUGCUAUGUGGAGGUUUCAUCUUCGCUAUACGACACAAUCAUAACAUGUGCGAUGUAUUUGGAUACAUACAAUUCAUUACAGCAUUGACUGAAAUGGCACAAGGUGCGUCAACACCAUCAACGUUGCCUAUUUGGGAAAGAGAGUUGCUUUGUGCAAGGGACCCGCCGCGUGUGACAUACCCGCAUCAUGAGUUUGACGAAGUGCCAGAGACUGAUGGGAUGACUAUCCCGUUUGAUGACAUGGUACAUAGGUCAUUUUUCUUUGGACCAACUGAGAUUUCAGCCCUUCGUAAGUUCGUUCCAACACACCUAAAAAAUUGUACCACAUUUGACGUAGUAACAGCUUGCAUUUGGCGUUGUCGUACAAUCGCACUCCAACCAAACCCUGAAGAUGACAUGCGUUUGCUAAUCAUUGUCAACGCGCGUUCAAAGUUUAACCCUCCAAUUCCCGUAGGAUAUUAUGGAAAUGUGAUAUGUAGCCCGGCUGCCAUUUCCAAAGCUCGGGACCUAUGUAACAAACCAUUAGGACACACGUUGGAACUUGUGAAGAAAGCUAAAUCCGAAGUCAGUGAAGAGUAUGUGAGAUCCGUUGCUGAUUUAAUGGCAACCAAAGGACGACCUAGCUCCACAACAGGAAGCUAUAUCGUAUCAGAUUUGACACGUACAAGUUUACUUGAACUUGAUUUUGGGUGGGGGAAAGCGGUGUACGCAGGGCCUGAUCUCCCUGUUGCUGGUUUCUAUACACGUUAUAUAAAUCAUAAGGGCGAGUCUAUAAUUGUGGUACCCGUACAGUUGCCAGGCAAUGCUAUGAAGAGAUUUGCCGAAGAGCUAGAUUACAUGUUGGCGCCAGACGAUAGAGAUGAUCUUGGUAUCCCAGAACACGUAGCUACUCUUUCCAAACUAUAGUUUUCUUGUUUUGAUCCGACAAGUGAUCAGCAUGAAUCAAGCUUUUAAGACGUAUUUUUUUUAUUCAAAUGUGACAGCUUUCUUUAUAUGUGUAAUUAAAUGCUUGUAUGACUCUAAAAUGUUACAACUUUCUUUAUAUGUACAAUUAAACGCUUGGAUGACUCUAAUUUUGUGAA